AUGCCGGCUCACACCAGAGAUGGAUACGCCUGGACUCCGCAGGGAGGCAUGAAGAAGGGCCAAUUCGCCUGCGUGGGAGUUGUGUCUCCCAUCCAUAAUGUCAAGUCCCCUUCGGACUUUGUAUAUGAUGUUGUCAUUCUAGGUGGUGGCUAUGCUGGCCUGUCCGCAGCGCGAGACCUCACAAACGCAGGCCGUUCGGUUAUACUUAUUGAGGGACGCGAUCGAAUCGGUGGCCGCACGUUCACAAUUAAAGAAGAUGGCUUCGGCUACGAAAUGGGUGGCACCUGGGUUUCUCAUUGCCAACCUCAUACCUUCCGCGAGCUACUCCGCUACAAGAUGGAUCGUGACUUGAUUACUACACGCCAACAUGGCUACGAAAAUGAUUACUAUACCUUUAAAGUUCCCGGACUUCCAACGCGUAAAGUUUCACACGAAGAAGCUGGAGAGAUUUCCGCCCGAGGCUGGAACCUUUUCGUCGAUAUCGAUGGCGCGGGAGGUCGUAAGAUCUGUCCACUCCCUCAUGCACAACUCGACAAUAUACGAGUGGAUCGCAAAGAGGUCGAAAAGUGGGAUGCUUACUCGUGUUGGGAUCGCUUCCAAGAGAUCAAACAUCUUCUUUCGGUCGAAGAGUCAGGACUCUUGCUUUCACUUCUGCUCCAUAUAUCCGGUGGCGAAGGUAAUCUGAGGAACUCGAGUCUCUGGGACAUGAUCCGAGGACAUGCCUUGUGCAACCACGCAUUCUCCGACUUCGAGGAUGUGUGGUUCAUGUAUAAGCUACGAGAGGGCCAGUCAGGUCUUGCUCGGAAAAUCUUUGAUGAUGCUGUGGAAUGCGGACUCGAGUAUAGCUUUGACAGCCAUGUUGGUGCCGUCGAGCAACUGCCUAGCACUUUCGUUCGAGCUGUGACACGAGAUGGACGGCAUUAUACGGGAAGGAAGCUGAUUUGCACCGCGCCACUCAAUACUCUGAAGUCCAUUGAGUUCAACCCACCUCUGUCGUCCCUUCGGCAAGAGGCUAUUACGGCGGGUCAUAUUAACUAUAUGAGCAAAAUCCACGCCGUUGUAGAGGGAUCCGGUAUGGCUUCCUGGAAUGGCGCAUGCUAUCCUAAUGUUCUUCUCUACGCGUAUGGCGACGGGGUUCUACCCAACGGGGACGCCCACGUCGUAGCUUUUGGUACCGACGAGCGACAUCACUUUGUUCCCGAGAGUGAUCCUCGCAAGAUUGUCCAGGCAUUUCAUAAUCUUCAUUCCAUGGACGUGAAGAAGCUGGUUUUCCACAACUGGAACAACGACCCUUACUCGCAGGCAGGCCCAUGUUUCUGGCCGCCUGGAUUUAUGACCAAGUAUCAGGAUGAGCUACAAAGCCGUCAUGGUAACACGUUCUUCGCUUCGGCAGACUGGGCACAUGGAUGGCGUGCGUUUAUUGAUGGUGCUCUUGAGCAAGGCUUUUUGAAUGCUCGUGAUAUUCUUCAUGAACUAAGGGAAGAAGACUAUGAGCGCAGUAGCUGUCGAUCUGCUCUUUAG